UAAAUUCCACUUGUUCUUUUUUAUUAUCUUUUUCUUCGUUUUUAUUCAAUUAAAAGUCCACAUUUACACACACAUAUAUAUAAACAUGGAUCCAAUCGCAACUGAGCAUAAAGUAGCUCUAGCAGAAGAAGAAAUGGAGCUUGAUCAACAAAUUGGACAGGAGGCAGUAACAACAGAAGAGACGCGUGAUCGUAGGACGAUAAACAACGACAAUGAACCUGUUGCAACAGCCGGAUCUCAAAAUAAGGACGAUAAAGCGCAAGACGAGAUCGAUCCACAACAACAAGCAUAUCGAUUGUACGUUUACGAUCUCAAAACUGAACAGCAACAACAACAGCAGUGUCAGCUGUUAAGCUCGACAGGAACACGCUACAACACGACUGUACGAAAGACUUUGGAGAAUGAGACGACUUUGUUUCAACAAAAAGUAGAUCCAUCACUAGUAUAUGACGGAAAUAACCAUUUCCGCAACGCCAAAUGGUCUCCCGAUGGGUGCUGUUUAUUAUCAAACUCGAACGACAACGUGCUUCGUUUAUUCAAUUUGCCGUAUGAAAUGUUGGAUGAACAGGCUGAGACGGAUACAAUUACAGAGCUUGCUACAAAUUUUGGCAUACGUGAAGGCGAAACGGUGUACGACUUUGCGUGGUUUCCGUCAAUGAACAGUCAAGAUCCAGCGACAUGCUGCUUUAUAACGUCAGUUCGUGAUCACCCAAUGCAUAUGUGGGAUGCAUGUACUGGAAACCUCAGAGCGUCGUAUGCUGUGAUUGAUCAUCGGGAAAGAUUUGUUGGUCCGAACGUUGUGUCAUUUAACUUGGAUGGAUCACGGAUAUACUGUGGUUACGAAAAUAUGAUUGAAAUCUUUGAUAUACAACGCCCGGGACAAGAAUCACAAAAAGUGCCAACCAUUCCACAACGACGAACCAAAAAAGGACAAAAAGGCAUCAUCUCUUGUUUAGAUUUUAGCCCGGAUUAUGCCGGUCUGUAUGCAGCAGGGUCGUACAGUCAUACAGUUGGAAUCUAUGAUGAAACAAACAAUGAACUCUGCUUAAAGCUUACCGAUAUCAAAACGGGUGUUACUCAGGUGAAAUUCUCGCCCGAUGGCAGUCAAUUGUUUAGUGCUAGCCGAGUAUCCAAUGUAAUAUCUUGUUGGGACAUUCGUAACACAGCAGAAGUUUUGUAUGAACUCCCGCGCCCGGGCCAAACCAGCCAAAGAAUAGUAUUUGAUAUUGAUCCAAGUGGAAAGAUGCUUAUCACUGGCGCCCAGGAUGGAAGCAUAUUAUUCCAUGAUAUCAGUAAUGGGCCGGAAACAACAGCAACAACGGAGAAUAGUGAUAGCAGCAGGCUUGUACGAUCUAUUGAUCAUGCACAUCAAGAUUUAACGGUUUGUGCAACCAUCAAUCCAAUGUACCCAUGGCUUAUCGCUUCGGCUUCUGGGCAGAGGAAAUAUUCUGCUGCUGCUGGUAACGAUGAUUCUAGUGACGAAUCUAGUGAUGACGAUGACGAAGAUGACAAGGACGAUAAUACACAGCAUAAAGAUAGUAAUUCAAUUGAUAACUCGUUAAAAUUAUGGCGUGUUCCUGGCCAUUCUGAAUGGUACUCAUACCCGGUCGAACAAGAAGAGCAACAGUAAAAACACACAAUACAAACCUCACUUUACACCUCAUCAAUGUGCCAUAAACACCCGUAUAUCAUCCUGUGUACCCUUUUCCUCUCAAGAUAUAAAUAUCAACGA